AUGACUUCCCCCCCGCCGGUCGAACCCACUGCAUUGGCUACCGACGACCCCGCCAUCCACGACGACAGCACAGACCUAGAAGACAUUUUUGACUCGGCCGACGAAUUUGAAAUCGGCGACCACGAUACGGAAGGCGGAGCUUCUCUUGAUCCCGCUGCUCCCAACCCCCAGGGCGAGGGCUCGUCCUUGUCCAAAGCCCCGAAGCCGACAGCGAACACGUCCGCUCGCAUCGACGACCAGGUCGCCGAACUCUCCAAGCACGCUUCUAAGAUCCGCUUGGACAAUGUCAAGCAAAGUCAGGUGCGCGAAAAGGAUAAGGCGGACCGCGCCACCGCUGAGCUAGUACUCGACAACCGCACCCGCAUGAUCCUCCUGCAGAUGAUCAACCGCGGUUUCGUCAGCGAAGUCCACGGUGCCAUCAGCACAGGCAAAGAAGCAAAUGUGUACGGUGCGGUGCUCUACCCCGAAAAUGCAGACGAACCGACCCAAAAGGCCAUCAAGGUCUACAAGACGGCUAUCCUAGGGUUUAAGGACCGCGAACGCUACAUCACUGGUGAUCACCGCUUUAAAGGGGGUGUUGGCAAGGGUAACAACCGCAAGAUGAUUGAGGCUUGGGCGCAGAAAGAGUUUCGCAACUUGAACCGGAUCUACGACAACGGGAUUCCCUGCCCGGAACCCAUCACGUACAAAAAACAUGUGCUAGUGAUGGGAUUCCUAGGCGACAAGCGGGGCUACGCGUACCCGCGCCUUCGCGAUGCCCGGCUCGUGGGCGAUAACGUCGAAGAACAAUGGCACAGUCUCUACGUCAAGCUUCUCGGUAUCAUGCGUCGCCUCUACCAGGUCUGUGAACUUGUUCACGCCGAUUUGAGCGAAUACAACAUCUUGUACCAUGACAAGGAGCUGUACAUCAUCGAUGUCUCGCAGUCUGUUGGCCACGACCACCCACGCGCGCUCGAGUUCCUUCGCAUGGACAUCAAGAACGUAGGGGACUAUUUCCGUCGCCAAGGGGUGGAUACCCUGCAGGAUCGCACGGUCUUCAACUUCAUCACCGCCACUGAGGACCCGACUAUGGAGCCGCAAAUGUCGGAAGCAAUCGAGCGUCUGUACAAGUCCCGUCCGGCAGUGGCUGAGACCGACGAGGCCAUCGCCGCGCUGGAAGUUGACAACGAAGUAUUCCGCAACCAAUACAUCCCGCGGACGUUGGACCAGGUCUAUGAGCUGGAACAAGACGCAGGCGAACACGUGGACAAGCAGAUUUACCAACAUAUGCUGGCGGACCACGUCGUGGACAACCAAGCACGCAGCGACGCCAAGGCACCCGUUCCCGCUACGAUCGAUCACGUGGAGGACAAAGAUGCCAACCUCUCAAAUGAAGACGGCACAGGCUCAGAGGGUGAUGAUGAUAGUAGCGAGGUGGAUGAGAGUCUGUUCGAGAAGGGCCGGCCACGAGGCAGGAAGCAUGAGGAUAAAGACGACAAGCGGCAACACAAGCAGGCAGUCAAGGAGGCGAAGCGGGAGAAGAGGAAGGAAAAGAUGCCAAAAUCAGUCAAGAAGAAGAUUGUCUCGAGCACGUCAAGGAGGAAGAAGUGA